UUAGGCGUCACCACUCUCCACUCUCAAAUUCAUGACUGCGCACUUCUACCCGGAGAGUCUUCGCCUUGUCGAGAAUGGAAAAAAUGGCCACUGAGACUCAUGGGGACUAGUUUAUGAGGGACGACAAACCAGAUGUCUUUUUCCAUCUGUGUGAGUUGUUCUGCUUGCGCCGACCUGAAGAACAACACCGUGCCACGGCUGCUGCUGCCUUUUGUUAUUGUUGCUGCUGCUAACGUCCCCCAGCGACAGCCAACAUGGCUGAGGACGAUGGUGAAUGGGUUUUAGAGAGCAUCGUUGGCUACCUCGGAAGUCCCGAGUGGGUCAUUCCUGUCACGGACUUUAUGGAAAACAAAUGCACAGUGUUUGACGACGAAGAUGAGAAUAAGUUAUCAUACACAGAAAUCCAUGAGCAGUAUAAGAAAUUGGUGGAGAAGCUGUUGGAGAAUUACAUGCAAGAGGUUGGCAUCAACGAGCAGCAGUUUCUGGAUGCGUGUACCUCUCCCUUUGCCAAGUCUAAAGCUCUGGAGGCAGUAUUUCAGCCAGUUCUCGCUACAGAUGACUUCCAGAUGUUUCGCUCGUUGAUGGUCCAGAAGAACAUGGAGCUGCAGCUCCAAGCCCUCAGGGUCAUUAAAGAAAGGAACGGGGCCCUCCCAGAGUGUCUAACUGAUGGUGUGGACGUGAUGACAGAGUUGCAGCAGCAAGAGAUGAAAAUCCUGCAGGAGGUUCUUCAAAAAUCAAAAGAGGAGUAUGAUGAGGAAAUGUCCAGGAGGCUGUUACUGGAGAAAGAGGUUGGUUCCACCUCCAGUGGCUGCUCUGACAAGCUAAUGGCAGAGAGCGAUCAAGCCAAGAAUACCUCCUCUGCUCUCAGCCAACACAUCAAUCCUGCCAAGGUUAACAGCAACCCAGUUAGAAAAGAAGGGAGCAAGCCAGCUGCUACAGGUGGUGGUGGUGAGAGAAGUGCAGCUAGGAGCAGUUCCUCCUCUAAACCCACACCAGAUGGUGGCAGUAAUGGUGUGGGGUCCCGAGUUCUGCCAGCUGUGAGAGCUCCUGUAAAAUCUGGUGAGCCCUCCAUCAGCGGCGGUCCUCAUGCCGGGGAGAAGAGCAACAGCAGCCAGACUGCAGGCGAGGCAUGGCUGGAGGAAGCACACAGGGAGGCUGGCUUCUCUAAGCCAUAUACUGAGUUAUCAGCGUCACAGCAGGAGCAGCUCCAGCAGAGGGCAGCAUAUCUGCGUCAGCAGCGGGACAAACUCCACGCACUGAGAAAAGAACAGCAGAAAACCAAGCAGUCGUCCAUGCCAGAGGAGGCACCCAGCAGCCCCCCACCGGUACCCAGCACUACCCCGGAGUCAGUGGGGCAGUCCCAAAGGAAUGGGGCCUGUUCCCCACCUCCUCCUCCUCCUUCUCCUUCUCCUCCUUCUCAUGGUGCUCCUCCAGCACAGCGCUCCUCCAAUCAGAAGGAGAUAUCUGCUGAGGAGAAAAAGAAGCUUGAGAAGAGAAAGCACCUCGCUGACAAGCUGAAAGAGGAAGUGAUCAAGAAAUGACUUCUUCUCAAAAUGCAAUAUUUUACUCUGGUAAUCAAACAAAUUGCUUCCUGUAUACUGCCACAUAUUUCAUAACACAAAUCACUUUUGUUUUUUUGUUUUUUUUUUUUGGGGGGGG